UCUGAGGCAUCAUUUAAGGGAAGAGACAGAAAAGAGGAAAAUGAAAAUGUUCUGCUCUUUGUGACCAAAACAGGAGGUCCGUUAGAGGUGGAUUCCUUUGAUGAGUGGAAAUCUAGGCUAGUAAAUAGUAACACAAAUUGGUGUGUUAUUGACCGAGGCUUUCAGCUGAUCCCAGUGUGGGACAUCAUCCUUUCCCAUCAUGGACAAGACUUUAGAAAUGUUCAUCAGCUGAGCAGCAGCCUCCAGACUGCCUAUGAGAGACUAACAAGUCUACCUGUAAAUAAAUUGUGUGAAGAGGGAACAGUGAGUGCUUUGGGACAAGCCCAGGCAUUCUUGGAGGAAAUCAAGUCCUGGGAAGUCAGUGAGGCUGAGCAGCAUCUUGUGAAACUCAUGAUCUUCAAGCAAGAACUGAAUGAAAAAACAAAGAGCAACAUGAUCUGGGUUGGCACUUGCCUGGCAAACAAAGUGCUGCAGGAUUUCCUUGUAAACACAGUUUCAUUAUGCAAAUAUUCAUCUCUUCCUAAUACCUCAUCCUUAAAAUUUAUCUUGCGUUGCCUUCUUGAUCCUCAUAUCUUUUCAGUGGACAAUUUCCCCAAAUCUUCUUUCAUUAUGCAGUGGAUAUUUCAUGAAGAAGAAGAAGAACCCCCCAGAACAUCAUGUAUCUCUGAGUUCAGUGAUCUCUUGCACAAUCUCCAUGAAAUGAAGGAUCUCAUGAAAGAAGCAGCAUUUGGGCAUUUUCCAGAGGUAGAAACAGAAGGAAAAAUUAAAGUUACUUUAAAUUUGAGUUUAGCUUUGUGCUCCUUCUUGAAGGCUCUAAGAGAGAGAGGGGAGGCAGAUGUGGAAUCAUUACUACUCUGCAUUGCAGAGAGCGUAGGAUAUCAAGAAGAAAACAGCACUUUUCGGUACCUGCUUGCAUUGCCAGAAGUUGGCUUCAUGUUAAGUGAAAUGAAAAAGGCAUAUGAACGCUACGUGUGUCUGAAGAACCAAUCAAUUCCCAGGGCUCAGGCUUUCCUGCUCCUGACAGGCCUGCGUAUGGCAGCCAAACGCAAAGACACGUCUCCCGAACAGAAGUUUAAAUGCUUGGCCCGGAUGAAGCAUCACUUCGGAACCUCACUGUCAGAAGAAGUCAGUGAUAUCCUCAGAAAGCACGGUGGAUGUGAUCCUGAGGGUGCUCUGGCGAGAGAUCUGGCUGCCCUUGUAAACGGAGAAUAUGCAGCCUCUAACAGUGAUCUACAGAAAGAAAUUAUAAAGCAGGAGCUAAUUAAUAUUUGUUCAGCUGCUAAGCAGAAAGAUGCAUCAAAGCCUGCAGCACAACAGUCAGAUGAUCCUGAAAUGAAUGAGGGUUCCAGAGGCCAGGAGUUCCGCAAUUUGAUUAAAUACCUGGGACUAGAAAAUUACUAUCCAAGGAAAAUGAGAAUGGCAGACUUUCAUAUUAUCGAUAAGACUUCCCUGCGGAACAGCAAGCCUAGAACUGGCAGUGAAUACCCUGUCUAUUUUUUGCAGAAGCUGCUGAUGCUGGACUAUCGUGUAAGGUAUCUCGUUUGCCAGGAUGACAGCAGAGCAAAAGAAGGCAUUCUGAGUUCAUUGAAUGCACCAAGCCUUGGGAUUCAGUGCUCAGAUGAUUCCUCAGAUAUCUACAGUGACUUUUUAAAUGCUAAUGAUGAGGAAAUGAAUGUCUCUGCUACAGCAGGUCUGACACACAUACAUCCCAUGGACCUCCAGAUGGCCAUUUUUCAUUGCGCUGAUGAUUUCAUGAGACAGUACAUUUCAACAAAGCUCGCCUUCUGCCAGCUUGCACUGCCCCUCCUGGUACCAAAUCCAUGCACCUCCCAGAUCGAGUUCCCUCUCUGGGCCCUCAGCCAGAUUAAAAAGAGCUGGAAAGGGAUGGAAAUAAUGGGAAGGCAGACCACAAUUAAGAGUCAUAAGAACAAACUGAUUUACCAGGCAGAGACGCCCAUUGUGUCCUUCAUACGGAUUGGGAGUUCUCCUUCCUCUUCCAAGUCGCAGAUCCUGAAUGCCCUGCUGAGUGAACACAAACACGACACCUUCUUCCAUCGACACUGCAAGGGCAGCACCAAAGAGUGCCUGCUGAUGAAAGGCGUUGUGGAGAUCUCCUGGUACUGUCCCAGUGGAAGUGCUGACGACAGGUUUGAGAACUGCAUUGCAUUCACCAACCUCCAUGGGGACGCAAGAGAAUACAAACAACAAGUUAAGUUUAUACAGGAGAUAGCUUCUGUAAACGUGGUCCUGCUUACCACUUCUGAUGAGAAUGAGGUAGGGCGGCAGCUUGUACGCGAUCUCUUGAAGUCCCCAAAGCCCUUUGUUUGCCUUCUCACUGAGAAAGAGGGCAGUGCAGUGAGUAUAACCAAACAGAACCUCGUAGUGGCUGACAAGCGCAACCUCAACAUAAAAAUACCCAUCAAAAACAGAAACGAGGCAGACUUAGUUGACAAUUUGGCAAACACAAUCAGGGUUGCACUAGAAGAUGCAGUGAGUAGUUGCAGCCUGGACACGUGUGCAGGAAUUGCUCGCAAAUAUGGCUUUCUUCUUGAUAUAGACAAAGAAGACUGCAAAGAGGCCAAGGCCAUGGCACAAGCACUGGUGGCCUUCUGCAAGGAGAAUAAUGUAGCGAGUGUGAAGGAAAAGUUCUUGCCUCUUCAAGGAAAAUUAUGGCAUGAGUGGUGUAGCAAAGACAAGGAACUCACCAACCUGCAAGAGAGGAAUGUGAGCAUUGAACAGCAUCGCAGUGAAAUCGAGUCACAAAAACGUGCCAUAAGGCGGAAGCAGCUGGAAAAAGGAUGCCCUCCAAACGAGUUGAUGAAGCCAGUCCUGAAAAUUAUCCUGUCUGAGUCUGAAUCCACCAAAAAGUACUUCCUAGAAUGGAUGAAAAUGUUCAUGGAUGCCUUGUCGGCUGACCACCUUGAUGCGCUGCAACAGAAAUACCAUGCCUGCUGGACACAAAUGAAGGAGAAUGCCCACUCUGAAGGAAAUGUCAGUGCAGGAGAUAAUCUAAGGCAUAGGUUAGAAGCAUUGUCAGCUGAGAUAAGUGCCUCUACAAUAGGUCUUGAGCACAUUCUGCGGGAAAUUGGGCAGAUUUAUGCGGCUUUGGAUGUGAAUACCCAAAAAGAUGAACAUUUUCUUCAGCUGCCAAGGAUUGCAGCCGAACUGAUGAUUUCUGGAUAUCCAGUUGAACUGAUGGAUGGCGAUGCUUCCUACGUACCAUUAGAAUGGGUCGGGGCAAUCUUUGACAGAUUAGCUGAGAUGCUAGGGGACAAGAGAGUGUAUGUCCUUUCGGUGCUUGGCAUCCAGAGCACGGGGAAUGCCACCUGCUUCAGCGACGUCAUCCGCUUUGAUGUCAACACCCACGUUCAUUACUUUGCCCAUCUUUGGGAAGGAAACCCACCGAUGGCGCCUCCCAACCCCGCUUACAGCCAAAACGUGCAGGAGCUCAAGAGCAAAAUUCUCCAGGCUGCCAAGAAGGAAUCGCAGAGCAGAAUUUUAAGGCUCUUGGAGUUGAAAGUGCGUAUUCGAGACCUGUGGAAGGCUCUGCUAAAUGAAAAGUUUGUUUUUAGUUUUAAAAACACUCUGGAAAUUGCUGCAUACAACAAGUUAGAAACAGUAUAUAGUCAAUGGACCUGGCAGCUGCGGAGUCACGUUCUAGACUUACAAAGGAAACUGAACAAUCGUAUCAAAAAGGGAGAAAUUCAGCACAUAACCCGAAGAACCGUUACAGAGGAAGUUCAAGAGAAAUAUAAGACUAUCUUGAAUGACUUGGAAUGCUAUUUCAGGGAAGAUGAAGACAGUGGGAUUUUGAAGCAGUGGAAAGGAAGCAUUGAAAGGAAACUGAACAAUCUGAAAGAAGUGCUUAUUGAUGACACACUGCGCAAGUCUGCAGAUUUCAUUGAACUGAAGAAGAAUCACAACAAACUGGAUCAGAAGAAGUCUGAAUAUGAACAGGAACUUUUGAAAAGAAGCCAAAAGUUGGCUUUGACACUAAAGAAUGAAGAGCUGAGUGAAGAAAAACUGAGACAACACUUUGAUGGCCUUUGGAAGAAAUGGGUCUACGAAGUAUCUUCAACUGCACCUCCUCCUGAAGAGCCAAACAUAAACCUUGAUAUUGAGAAUAUUCUACUGGAGCAUUUCAAACAGGAACCAAACAUAGGGGAGAAGGUAAAGUGCUUCCUGCAGAAAGAUGCCUUUACCAUUGAUAUUUCCGCGCAUGUCAUGAAGAGAUCACUGCGCUUCCUUAAAAAGCCUUUGGACAGCUGUGAAAUAGCAAAAAUCGAGCAGCUCGAAAUGCACAUCACACAGCUCGUCAGCACAACCAUCGAUACAAAGGAACAGGAGGCAAUGGAUUACAACCAAAGUUACAUUUAUGAGAUACUGAACAAAAUAAGAGAAGAGCUGGACUCUGCAGCCAGUGAAUCCAAAUAUAUCUUUUCUAAUGAAUACAGAAUACAUCUGUCAUUGUAUCUAUGCAAAAUGGCAGCAGAAAGGUUUGAAAAUAUGCAUAAGGCUUUCAAAACAGCAAACGACCCGACCUUCUACCUGGAGAGCAAGAGAAAAGACUUUUUCAAAAUUUUCCACAUUUCCUGCCAAGGAGCAACCUCUAUCACAGCUUUUGCUGAUUUUCUAUGUGAGAGGCUUUCAGCAGCUCUUCGACAGGCCGUGUAUGCGAAGACGGCUAUCGACAUAGCCUGUGAGAUGAGGUCUAACUACCCAGCUUUCAACGGCAAUCGAUCUAAACUAGAAACAGCUAUUCUCAUCUCUCUUGCAGAGGAAGAGGACUUUGAGAAGUUCAGGCAGUACAUUCAUUUCCCAAAAGUCUUUUUAGAAAGUUUCAUCGAAAACUGUGUUAAUAACUAUUGCUUAGACAAGAAAAAUCCAAGGCUGAAGAACUUCUUAAGUAUCUCCUUGAAUUCAUUCCAGACUCUUAUUGUUUCUGCUAUUGUUGCUUCUACUCAAGUUGUCAAAGAUAAAUGUGGAAAUGUCUCCCUAUGGCUGGAUGAAUUUUGUAGCAGACUUGGAGAUAAUUUUGAACUUCCCAGAAGUGAUCUGAAAAACAUUGAGCAUCAGGAAAUAAAGGACAUAGAGUUCCUUAAGGAGGCAAUGAAUAAAGCACUGGACUCUGUGCUAGAACAGCUGAAAUGGGAAUUUUCAGUGGCUGAUAUGAAACCUUUUAACUUGAAACCACAUAAAAUAUUGUUUGAUCAGCUCCAUGGAUGCUGGGAGCAAUGUCCGUUCUGCAAUGCUCUUUGUACAAGCACAAUACCGGAUCAUGAUGGGGACCACAGUGUCCAUUUCCAUCGUCCUCAAGUCUUGAAUGGAACCCAGUGGACUGGAACAAACCACUUUGUCAUUGAGAUUUGCUCCACUCUUGUAGCAAGUAACUCUUUUCUUGUGCUUGGUGAAAACAAUGAAAUUCCCUAUAAAUAUUAUAGAAGAGCAGGACCAGCUUAUGCCAACUGGAGCAUCACACCGGACACCUCCAUGCAAGCCUACUGGAAAUGGUUUGUGUGCCAUUUCCGCUCACAGCUGGAAGAAGAUUACCGUGCAAAAUUUGCAGGAAAAGGAUCAAUCCCUCCAGAAUGGAUGAAGUUUACAAAGAAAGAUGUGAUCUCCGAGCUGGAAGAGUUAUUACCUCAGCACAGUGUCCCACAGAACCAAAACCCUCUGUUAAUGGACUGA